AUGAAGGUCAAGAUCAAGACAUGGCACGCUGUGGCCACAUGGCGAUGGGACAUGCCCGAGGACGAGGUCUGUGGCAUCUGCAGAGUGCAGUUUGACGGCACUUGUCCUGCGUGCAAGUUUCCUGGCGACGAAUGCACCCUUCUCAUGGGGAAGUGCGGUCACUCAUUCCACAUGCACUGUUUGUUGACGUGGAUACAACAAGAGUCUGCAAAGGGUCUCUGCCCAAUGUGCCGCCAGAAAUUCGAAUGGAAGGACGGCAAUGGUCAACAGGCGGCGGCAGCGGCAGAGACGAGAUGA